AUGGCCGCGCUCGAUCCAGGCACGCAGCCUGCCCCCGUCGCCAUUACCGAAGAUGAAGCCGCGGUGUACGACAGGCAGAUCCGCCUCUGGGGCCUCGAGGCCCAGCAAAGGAUGCGGAAUGCGACCAUCCUCAUGGUCUGCCUCAAGGGCGUCGCGACGGAGGCCGUCAAGAACAUCGUCCUCGCCGGGAUAGGCAAGCUCGUCGUCGUCGACGCCGCCGCCGUCGCCGCGGAGGACCUCGGCGCCGGCUUCUUCUUCCGGGACGCGGACGUCGGGCAGAAGCGCGUCGAUGCCGCCAGGUCACGGAUCGAGAGCCUCAACCCGCUCGUCGCGGUCGAAACCAUCUCUGACGCGUCCGUGCUCGAAAAUGACGCUUUGCCGUCACUGCUCGCGCGCGUGGACAUGGUCUGCGCGACGGAAAUGACGCGCGAUAACCUGAUCGCGCUCAACGACGCCUGUCGGGCCGCCGGCAAGCCCUUCUACGCCGGCGGCACGUACGGCCUCGCGGGCUACAUCUUCUGCGACCUCCUUCAGCACGAGUACAUCGCGCCGGACCGCGCGGCGCCCAAAGACGCCGGGAAGAGCGUGCGGCUCUCGGUCGCGUACCCGCCCCUCCGCGCCGCGCUCCAGCACCGCUGGACGGGCCUCACCCGGCGGCAGACGAAGGAGGUCAACCCGGCGCUCAUGUUCGCGGUGCUCGCCAUAUGGGAGUACCAGGCGCGGCACGGGGGCGCGCUUCCCGACGACGCCGCCGCAGCCACGGAGCUCGAGGCGACGGCGAACGCGCUCAUGGCGGCGGCGGAGGUGAACAAGCAGGCGGUCGCUGCCGUCCGACCGAGCUCAUCCCUCGCGACGACCGCGGCGCACGAGCUCUCGCCAGUGUGCGCCGUCGUGGGCGGGCUGCUCGCGCAGGACGUCCUCAAGGCGCUCGCGGCGCGCGAGCCGCCGAUCGCCAACUUCUUCGCCUUGACGGCGCGCUCGGCGGGGGCACCGUCGUGCGCAUGGCGAUGCCGUGAAAAAAGAAGCGCGUCCCGGAACGAAAGCCCGCACGGCGCUGGAGGCUGGGGAUAG